AAGCAGAACACGGACAGAGUUGCAGCCUUGUCGUACAGCUCUAAGUUUGUGGAUCGACGAUGAAAGCUCCAGCUCCAGAUUGGUCCGAGCUUCCAGUCGACAUAAUGUGCGACGUGCUCAAGUUGCUCGAGUGCCCAGACCUCGUCCGAUCCGCCGCCGUCUGCAGGCUCUGGUACAAUGCCUACUCCAUAGCCCGCCGCAUCGGUAUCUGCCUUGGCCACCAAACGCCCUGUCUACUCUACUGUACCGAGGCUGACGGGCUCAAAGCUCUUGGCAUGUACAGUCUUUCCGAGCGGAAGACCUACACUAUACCGCUCCCUGAACCUCCCAUAUUGAACUGGAUCGGCUCAUCGGACGGAUGGCUAGUCACUAUGGAUCAGAAAUCUGAACUGAUGCUGCUUAACCCGAUCACGGGUAACAUGAUUGCGCUCCCUCCGGUGACAACCAUGGAGCAUGUUAAGCCUCUCCUAAACGACGACGGGGUUCUUGAACGGUAUGAGGUGUCUUACUACGAUGGACAGCUUCCGAGGGUAGAGGAUGCGCGUAGCACAUUUUCUUUGGACGAGUAUGGUGACCUGGUCUAUUUAAAGGCAACUUUAUCGGGUGAUCCCUUAGUUGGUGAAUGCAUUGUCAUGCUCAUCCACGAGCCGUACAUGCAGCUCUCGUUUGCCAAAGUAGGAGAUACUCACUGGAACUGGCUCAACAUGCAUAGUUACUAUUCAGAUUGUAUAUACCAUGCCGGAUGGUUCUACGCAAUGGCUGAUGAAGGUGCUAUCGACGCGUACAACUUAAAUGAACCAUCUGUCAUCCACAAGAGAUUGUUACCCAAAAUACUUCGGACGGUUUCGAAAUGUCACAUUGUUCAGGCAGGAUGGGGAGAUGUCCUCCAAAUCAUUAGGAAGGAGACAUAUAAUUAUGAACAACCAGAAGUUCGGAAGUAUGUCACUGAAUUCCAAGUGUACAAGGUUGAUUUUGAUGAGAAGAAGCGUGUCAAGAUGACAGGAAUAGGAGACCAUGCAUUGUUUGUUGGGAAAAGCACGACAUCUUGCUUUAGCAUAAAGGAUUACCCAGACUUGAUGCCAAACCAUAUAUAUUUUACUGAAGAUCACGAAGGAACACAAUCUGACCAUAAAGAUGAAACUCGUGACAUGGGAGUUUACAGCAUUGAGAAUAAUACCACAACUCAUGUGGUUUAUCCUGAACUUUGGAUGAAUUGGUUGCCUCCCAUAUGGCUGACGCCGAGUCUUGCAAAAACUGGUAUAGAUCUACUUGUCCCUUAAUAUCUACUGGUUUUCUAGAUAAUAACAUCGGGGGGCAGUAAUUUCAUUGCAGUGAUCAAUAACCAUCUGGAUACAUCUUGUAAUUCAGAAUUGGUAUCGGCACAUUUGAAUCUGUAGCAGUAAUGCUUUAUCCUGAGAAUGUUUAUGAUAAUUUGAGGAGGCAUGCAUACUAUAUGAAUAUAACACUUCCACA